CCGCCUCCCCCUCCCCCCGGCCCCCCUCUCUCCUCAGCCCCGCGUCCUCCUUUCCCUGCCUUCUGUCCGUCCGUCCGUGUGUCUGAGGGGAGCGAUGUCGAACGCAGGAACCCGGCGGACCGGCUCGAGUAUCAAAAUCCGCCUCACAGUGCUUUGUGCCAAGAACCUUGCAAAAAAAGAUUUCUUCAGGCUUCCUGACCCAUUUGCAAAGGUGGUGGUGGAUGGAUCCGGUCAGUGCCAUUCGACUGACACUGUGAAAAACACAUUAGAUCCCAAGUGGAACCAACAUUAUGACUUAUAUGUUGGGAAGUCAGAUUCUAUCACCAUCAGUGUCUGGAACCAAAAGAAAAUUCACAAAAAACAGGGAGCUGGCUUCCUGGGGUGUGUCCGACUCCUGUCCAAUGCCAUCAGCCGGCUAAAAGAUACUGGAUACCAGCGUUUGGAUCUAUGCAAACUAAACCCCACAGAUACCGAUGCAGUGCGAGGCCAGAUAGUGGUCAGCUUACAGACACGGGACAGAAUAGGCACAGGAGGGUCAGUUGUAGACUGCAGGGGGCUGUUGGAGAAUGAAGGAACGGUUUAUGAAGACUCGGGACCGGGAAGGCCACUGAGCUGUUACAUGGAGGAGCCAGCGCCAUAUACGGACAGCACUGGUGCUGCUGGAGGAGGGAAUUGUAGAUUUGUGGAAUCCCCUAAUCAGGACCAGACAUUGCAAGUGCAGCGAUUACGGACUCCUGAUGUGAGAGGCCAUGUACAGACCCCCCAAAAUAGGCCACACGGUCAUCAGUCACCAUCACCUGACCUGCCUGAAGGCUAUGAACAAAGGACAACAGUACAGGGACAAGUUUACUUUUUACACACACAAACUGGUGUUAGCACGUGGCAUGACCCCAGGAUACCAAGAGACCUUAACAGUGUGAACUGUGAUGAACUUGGACCUCUGCCACCAGGUUGGGAAGUUAGAAGUACGGUGUCGGGAAGGAUAUAUUUUGUAGAUCAUAACAACAGAACCACCCAGUUCACAGACCCAAGACUGCAUCACAUCAUGAAUCACCAAUGCCAACUAAAAGAACCCAAUCAGCCUUUGACAGUGCCGAAUGAAGGGUCGUUGGAAGACAACGAGGAGCUGCCUGCCCAGAGAUACGAACGAGACUUGGUGCAGAAACUAAAGAUACUCAGGCACGAACUCUCUCUCCAGCAACCCCAGGCUGGCCACUGCCGCAUUGAAGUAUCGAGGGAAGAAAUAUUUGAGGAAUCAUACCGUCAGAUAAUGAAAAUGAGGCCAAAAGAUCUGAAGAAGAGACUGAUGGUGAAGUUCCGAGGAGAAGAAGGCUUGGAUUAUGGUGGAGUGGCAAGGGAGUGGCUGUACCUAUUGUGCCAUGAAAUGCUGAACCCUUAUUAUGGACUCUUCCAGUACUCCACAGAUAACAUUUACAUGCUGCAAAUAAAUCCAGACUCCUCUAUCAAUCCCGAUCAUCUGUCUUACUUCCACUUUGUUGGUCGGAUAAUGGGUCUGGCUGUGUUCCAUGGGCACUACAUCAAUGGGGGUUUCACAGUUCCUUUCUACAAACAGCUGCUGGGCAAACCCAUCCAGUUAUCUGAUCUGGAAUCAGUCGACCCAGAACUACACAAGAGUUUAGUUUGGAUUUUAGAAAAUGACAUCACCCCAGUUCUGGACCAUACUUUCUGUGUGGAGCACAAUGCUUUCGGCAGGAUCCUACAGCACGAGCUCAAACCAAAUGGGAGAAACGUUUCCGUUACAGAGGAGAACAAGAAAGAAUAUGUCAGGUUGUAUGUCAACUGGCGGUUCAUGAGAGGAAUUGAGGCUCAGUUUCUGGCUCUUCAAAAAGGUUUUAAUGAACUUAUUCCUCAACAUCUACUGAAGCCUUUUGACCAGAAGGAACUUGAGCUCAUAAUAGGUGGCCUGGAUAAGAUUGACUUGAACGACUGGAAGUCCAACACGCGCCUCAAGCACUGCACGGCUGACAGCAAUAUUGUCAAGUGGUUCUGGCAAGCGGUGGAAGCCUUUGAUGAGGAGAGAAGAGCGAGGCUGCUGCAGUUUGUGACCGGCUCCACGCGGGUUCCGCUUCAGGGCUUCAAGGCUCUGCAAGGUUCUACAGGCGCUGCAGGGCCCAGGCUCUUCACUAUCCAUUUGAUAGAUGCAAACACGGACAACCUUCCAAAAGCUCAUACCUGCUUUAACCGAAUUGACAUUCCGCCUUACGAGUCCUACGAGAAGCUUUAUGAGAAGCUCCUGACAGCUGUGGAAGAAACGUGUGGGUUUGCAGUGGAGUGAAUGGGCAACCAAAGGAAACAGUUACUAGCUCAUGGACCACCAAAUCAAAAGCUGUAAGAAGAAGCUUGCUGUGAACUUCUUUUGUCUGAAGCGUUGGGACACUCGACAACCAGGGGAGCUGAGGCUGUUUCCCCUCCUGUGGUGGUAUUGGGGUGGGGGGUGGCUUUUGUUGGUGGUUCCCAACCAUACUUUCCUCCCUUUUCUUACAAUAAUCCCUCCCCCCUUUUUUCUUUUCAUUUCCCACAAAACUAAAGGCAGCCAGGUUCAGCAUUUGGCUCUGGUGACCCAAGAUAUUCUGCUAGACUCGUAACACAUAUUGUGAUAAGGUCAAUGACCUGUGGUCUUUUUUUAUAGGAGUAUCAAACUGUAGUUGAGUAUCUUGAGAUUGGUUUGCUGAGGACUUUCAACAGAUUGGUGUAUAUGGAUGUUUCGUCUUAACGCAGUCCUGAGCCCUUCCUUGUAGAGUCCAGAAGCUAUGGAAAUAAGACUGGCACAGGAAUUUCAAAUUGCACAUUUCAGAAUACCCAUUAAAGAAUGGUUAGCAGAAAACAGCUCCACAGGCACACAUAACUGAGGGUUAUUCCUUGACCGGAAGCUCUUUGUGUGAGUGCGAUGGCUUGAUUCUUAGGAGGGUGGGGGAGAAAGAGAGAGGACUCCAAGCCAUCUUGAACUGGGAGGUAAGUUUUCAUUUUGGAUGCUUUGUACAUGGGACAGAUUUUUUUUUCUGUGGACUUGCUUCUCUUCUCUGUGUGAUUAUUGGCAUAUGUGAGAGAGUAUGGCAAGGGGGCACAGCCCAGUCUGAAAAAAAUGUGUGUGUUUUUCCCUCCUGACAUUUUCUCAGAUGCUUUCAUUGACUUGAAAUUGCAGAAAUCCUUUAAAGAGGAAAUAGCUAAAAGCAAAAGCUAAUGGAACCAAGUUCCAUCAUUGAGCCAUUGGGACUGGAGAAUGACUCUUUUGAAAGAAGAGUAUAUAGUGAAAAGGUCUAACGCAGUGGUUUUAGCCCAUAGAUGUUGAAUAACCCAGAGUACUGCUUUCAGCCUCACCUUCCCCUGCCCGCGUCCAUCUCCCACUUCCAUACACCUGAAGCUAAUGUUCAUGGUUAGGAUGAAGUCACUGGUUUAGCAUGACUUCCUUGAUGGAGGAGAGUCAAAGUGAUGAGAUUGACCUAGUCAGACACAUUUCUUAGUUUGCACAACAGGCAACAAGGCUGUAAUUUUUAACAACCUAACACUUCUUGGCAGAAAGGCCCAAUAACCAUCAAAUGCGACUUGGAUCAUAAGACUUUCCCCUAAUUUAAAAACAAAGAAGCAUAUUAACUGAUGUUGCUUUGGACGUGUGAUGAAAUUGGGCAUCGUGUAAUGAAUUGGGUCAAAUGUUCUUUGGUCUACAAGUAUAUUUCUGUUGUCAAUUUAAAGAAAUUGGCAUUGAUAGCUUUAAACUGUGAUAGGACAAACUAAAGUUAGAUACUUGUCAGGAUCCGAAAAUCUUUCCUUCCUGUUCGAUUGACUGUAACUUGUGUGAUUUGGUGAUGGAAAUAUGAGGAUUCCAUUUGUGGAAAAGAAAUCUUAUUUUUGUGAUAUUUGCACCGUGUGGCUAAAGGGCUGGAUUUUAUAGGUGAACUGAGACCUAAUGUGGAAUGGCCUUUGAAAUCCAGUUGCACUUAAGGGACCAAUUAACUGCAUUGUGAGUUAUUUGGGGUGGGGGUGUACAAAGGGAGUUUGAGGAAAUUGGAAUUCAAAUCUUUAGGUAAGCAUCUUUGCAACCCUCUGAGUAAUGGAAAUCUAAUGACCCUGACUUUCCAAACACCUGUGGAGAUCAGAUGAUGUCCAUUGGACUCUUGUCAGUGGAAUUUGAAUGUGCAAGAUGUCCGUAGAAAUACAACCCCCCUUCCAAUGUUUCCAUGCAGAUCUGAGGCUUGAAGGUAAGACGUUUUCUAUAAGCAGAGAGGCUUACUCUCACCAUGUGGUUGCAGCUUUUGAGUCGCCGGGAGUCCAUUCUGUACCAGUAGUAUGUCUGAAACAGAAGACUAACAAAUGAGCAGGUGGCAUGCUUCAGGCCGCAUAGACAGGGCAGCCGCACUCCGAAGACAGCAUGGGAGUUGGCCCUGAGUCAAUAUUCAGACCACAGUGUAGCUGGCUCCUCCAGGAUAGUAGAGAGGAAGGUAGGAGCAGUGUCUCUCCAAAAGCUUCUGCACGUUUGCCCUGGUUGUGUCCGAAAGAUUUUGUGCCACUAUUCCAACAGCCAAGAGUCCAAACAGAGCGUUUGCUACAGUUCUGUAUGUUUGAGGCAGGAUCAGCCGGGGCUGGAGAAAAGAGGCCGGGUAGACAAAAGCUUGGCUUCUUCUUGUUUUUCCAGUUUGCUGGCAAGCACAGCCCUAAGACCACUUGCUUCUGCUCAGGCUUGCAAAUUCCACAUCUCCUUCUCCAGCACAGAAGCUAUAAAAGAUGAGUGAGAAGGUGGGAUUCUUUUGUGCUUGCAAUCUGUGAAGCUUAAGCAUCAGCAUCGCUGCCAGCUUUGGGGCAAUUCUACCAUCCAAACAAAGGACGCAAAGCAAACUUGAUGCUCUGCAUUUUCUCUACUGCAGCCCCUUGAGUAUAAAACCCUCCAGAGUAGGUUUGGGGCAGGCAAAUGUGUAAGCCCACCUGAAGGCAGAACAGUGCAGUGAACAAGAAACUUCCUACUCCUCUUCGCUGUUUCUUCCCCCACCCAGGAGGUGCAAAACAGUUACCUUGGAGCUACAGAGGAACAGGAAAGGAAAGGCAUCUGCUUCCGAUGGCUUCAGCCAGGUCAUCCUACCCAGAGCCUCCGAAAAUGGUCUUCAGUAACUAGACCAAUCUUUUUGGUGUGUGUUUUGUUUUCUUUCUGUUCACUUGCCCUGAAAUACAUCAUCCUGCAUUUAUGCACUCAGGGAUGUAGGAAAUCACCACUCCUUUUGUGUUAUAAAUUGGGACGGGUUGAGUAGCUCUAAGUCAAACCUGAAUAUAUUGGACCAACUUCUUGUUUUUAAAGAGACUGCUUUACUCAGCAUUGGGUGCGGUUUAUAAAACCUCAACUAUCAUUCAAAAUCCCCCUCUUCCUCCUCCUCCUCCCAACCCUCCUCCAGCCAAUACCCAGUAUUCUACACUGUAGAGCACAGAACGUUUUCCAGAAAUGCAGUACGUAUUUGUUUUUACUCUGUUAAUUUUUUUUUUGUUCCUCAACCACUUUAUAAUGUAUUUUUAACUUAUUAUUUUGUAACGUCUUGUUUUUAAGUAAUGCUGCUACCCCUUGUUAUUCUUCUCACCAUUUUUAUUGCGGAUUUUAUUUUGUGAAAAAGUUGUACACUAAUGUUUUUCAUUUUAUGUCUAAAUCAAAGUAUUUAAUGAAAUACUAGUUCUAUUUAACGUGGUUAUGGAGCCAGCUGGAAUAAACAGUGAUUGUAUAGUAGGCUGGGCCCAAGAGGUCAUGUUCAUUUUUGUUACAUAUGCAAUAAACUCUCACAACUUUAA